GGCCAGGCAAGAGGUAAACACGAUUUUUGGACGGUUUUGGUAACUGCUGGCCUGCUUGGCAAAAUAAAAUGGCAUUUGUACGCGAUUUCGUUUGCUGACUGAUGACUGCUGUACUUGGUGCUUGCCAAACACCAGACACGCGGCGGACAAAAAGAAAGUCCUGUGCAGCGGGGAACCGCUGGCUCUGACGUGCUCACAUUCGACUGGAACACCGGGCACAUUGAUCAAGACGGCGGGUCAGAGCCGCAGCCUCGUUCGGGCACUCGUGCGUACAUUCGCUGCUGGUGCUCUAGAUCGAAAGCAGAAGUCACAGCAUCAAGCGUUCGCGGGCAAAUGACACAAAGAAAAAAUAUUCGUAGACAGAGCCUUCCAUUCAAUCCGUCCAACAGCCUCCUCCCAAAAAUCAAAGUAGAGCAACGACUCCCGGCUGCGGCUACAACAGCAACAACUCCAAAAAUCGAUGCCCCACUGCCACAUAAUGGUCUAUAUGCGAAUUGUGCUGACAACCUUGGUGACCGUAACGUGCCUGCUGGGGGACAACUUCGUGGAGCUGACGCAGCAUCCGCUGCUGAAGGCCCUGGCGGACAAUGCAACGCACGCCGCCAUCGGCGCCCUCACCGGCAUCGCCUUUUCGAUGCAAUUCUACGAGCGAACCACGCAACUAUUUGGCUGGAUAUUGAUUUUCACCUGUUUCGUAGUUUCAUCGUUCAUUGACUUGGAUCACUUUGUGGAGGCCCGUUCGCUGUACCUGGAGGAUGCCACCAAUCUGUCGCGUCGUCCGUUCCUGCACUGUUCCAGCAUCAUCCUGGUCAUGUUGCUGUUCUACAUAUGCACCGCGUGCCUGAACUACUUCCGCACCAGCCUACUGCUGGGCGCCUUGCUCUGUGCCUUCAUCACACAUCACACGCGUGACGCUGUGCGUCGCGGCUACUGGUUGUGUCCCAUGGGACACACGGAUCGCGUGCCGCAGCUUGCAUACAUCAUAAUCACGAUCAUGACGCCUCAUCUGUUGGGCUGUCUGCACGCCAUCUGUCGCAGUGUCCUGGUGCUAAACUUUUUGGGGCAAUACGUGAAAUUAAGCGAAUGCAAUUAUCGCGGUGGAUCCGGGUCAGGGUCAGGGUCGGUCUGUUUGAACGCCAACUAUCGUUACAUGCAGGUGUAAGGGGAUUAACGAUUUACCUUGUGAUACGAGAACGUACUGCAAAAUCAUCAAAUGGUGAAUGCAAAUGCUUUUUAGGCUUCAAGCGCAUUAGAUUAGCUUUAACAUUGGAUCAGCUAGAUACCAAUUACUUCCACACUACAGGACACAAUUUUAGAUACUACAAUUAGUUUUAUUCGAGUACCUUUUGGGAACUGUGAUUCCCGUCCAAUCGAUAUGAUAGUUUUGUCCAUUAACUAGCGUAGGUUUUUACUAGACUCUAAACACAGAUAAUAUCCGAAUUGUGAUAUGUAGUUGAUAGUGAAACUAGUGUAACGAGCAUAGCGCACAACAAAUCAGUUUUUCAACUUCCAACUUUGACUCAAUAUCGUAGGCAGGCCUUACUUAUAGUAAAUAGUAUUAUGUAUUAAGCCAUUUUAAUCUAUCCUAGCCGAAAGUAUAAUAAAUCCAAAUAAUUGCCUUAAACUAAAGUGCUGUCUCAACAGCCUUCGAAUCACGGCCAACAUGCCAGCAUACAAAUACAAUCUACCAUUAAUCCUA